AUGCCUCCGCCCCAAAGUCUCGGAUCCCCAGACAGACCCUUUGCGUACUUUCGUGGCGGUGUGUCGUGGAAAUGCUUGAGUACGGAUACUGAAACCUUAGGGCUAGACCUGUUCUGGCCUAUCAAGAAAGAGGAAGAGAACCGGAAUGAUCGUGGGAAUGAUAUGCUUGCUAUUGAAGAGCUGAGACCUCUCUGUGCCUUUCACAAUCUACGCGUCCUGAAGAUAACGGGUAUGAUGCAGUCGUACCAGAAGUAUAUCUGGCAGACUGCUUGGCUUAAUCCUAAUCUCGAGGAACUUGAGCUGGAAAUGGCCCUCGAGCCAUGUGUGAGGAAGAAUGUUGUAGGUGGUUGGCCUCUCAUCAAGGGGGGAUGGCGACAACGUGACAUACACCACGAGGAACCAGUUUACUACGGCAACAAUGGCACCGGAAUUCUGAACCGCAGAUUCGGCAUCGGCGAGUAUCUAGAUAAAUGCUCCAUUGAACAAGCCAAGCUCCACGCCAUGACUCAAGGACCGACCUUGUCUCAUCUUACAGUUCGUCGUUUGACGUUGACGGGAUUCGUCGUCGACGCCGACCCUUUCCUUCUCUGGUUUGACCCUGCUAGACUUCAACGCAUCAACUUUCGGGACCACUGCGUGGAUGCGGGAUUCUAUUUGCGAGCAUCGAUGAAGGGAAAGGUGACGGUUGUUUAUCCUAGAUUGAUCCAGGAGAAUGCUGUUGUUGGUCCUGGUCGACGGGUUGAGUUGAAAGACGAGUUGAAGAUUGUCGAAUUGAGAGGCGGAAAGAAAGUGAGCGAGAAGCCUUACCGAGCGAAACAGAAUCCGAAAUGGAAAGGCAGGGAUUCAAAGAGGAAGAAAAAAGUGAACCAUCCGCGGAGUGAUGGGAGACUAUUAACCGAGAAGAUGAAUCGGGACCGGUUCGAGGACAAACAUGCACAUGGUCUCCGUGAGAGUGAUAGCAACCACAUGGAGUCCAGUCAGCAAUAG